AUGGGGAGGAACAGAUGGGGAGAAACAGAGGUGGUCGCUUCCGCCACCACAAUCGAACAGCGUUUUGAUUCCCUCUCUGCUCCCCACUAUCCUCCCCCCAGCUCUCUCCCCGGCAUCUGUCCCCGUUCCCCCCAUCCUCUUCCCUGUUUUCCCCGUAUCCACUGCCGUGCUUCCCCCCAUCCUAUCCCCUCUUACCCCGUAUUCCCUGCCCUGCUUCCCCCCAUCCCCUUCCCUGCUUCCCCCCAUCCCCUUCCCUACUUCCCCCCAUCCCCUUCCCUGCUUCCCCUCAUCCCCUUCCCUGCUUCCCCUCGUCCCCUCCCCUACUUUCCCCCAUCCCCUUCCCUGCUUCCCUCCAUCACCUUCCCUGCUUUCCCCCAUCCCCUGCCCUGCUUCCCCCCAUCCCCCUCCCUGCUUCCCCCCAUCCCCUUCCCUGCUUCCCCCCUUCCCUUUCCCUGCUUCACCCCAUCCCCUCCCCUGCUUCCCCCCAUCCCGUCCCGUGCUUCCCCCCAUCCCCUUCCCUGCUUCCCCCCAUCCCCUUCCCUGCUUCACCCCAUCCCCUUCCCUGCUUCCCCCCAUCCCCUUCCCUGCUUCCCCCCAUCCCCUUCCCUGCUUCACCCCAUCCCCUUCCCUGCUUCCCCCCAUCCCCUCCCCUGCUUCCCCCCAUCCCCUUCCCUGCUUCCUCCCUUCCCUUUCCCUGCUUCACCCCAUCCCCUCCCCUGCUUCCCCCCAUCCCGUCCCGUGCUUCCCCCCAUCCCCUUCCCUGCUUCCCCCCAUCCCCUUCCCUGCUUAACCCCAUCCCCUUCCCUGCUUCCCCCCAUCCCCUUCCCUGCUUCCCCCCAUCCCCUUCCCUGCUUCACCCCAUCCCCUUCCCUGCUUCCCCCCAUCCCCUCCCCUGCUUCCCCCCAUCCCCUCCCCUGCUUCCCCCCAUCCCCCUCCCUGUUUCCCCCCAUCCCCUUCCCUUCUUCCCCCCAUCCCCUCCCCUGCUUCCCCCCAUCCCCUUCCCUCCUUCCCCCCCUGCUGCCUCCCAUCACUCUCAUUCUCCUUCCUCCCGCACUCACACCUCUCAGUCCUCUCGCACUCUCUCUCUCCGUCCUCUCACACUCUCCUCCCCACCACCCUCAGCCCUCCUUCUCCUCACACCCACCCAUGUUCCCACCUGCCCUCCCCAUCCCUGCCUUUCCCUCCCUGCCCUGCCCUUCCCUUCUCCAUCCCUUCUCAAACCUUCCCUUUCAUGUCAUGCCCUCACCUUCCCCCUCAUCUUCCGCCCUCCAUUGUUCCCUUGGCACCUCACACCACCUCACACAAUUCUUUCUGCUUACUCCACUCUCCAAAUUUUCAGUGGUGAAGCAGAGGAGCAAGCUGAGGCGCAGCUAG